ACCCACCUUUUAAAGGUGUUUGCACGGAACGACCCCACUAUUAUGUUUCUUUUGUGACAGUCAAAUGUUUAAUUCUGUUCGUCUGUUACGGAGCAUGCCGAGCCUAUUAAGUUUCACUCGACUUCGGCUCAGACAAUUUUUCGCUCUGUUGCUUUCAAGAGGUAACCGCAGAAUGUAAACACGCUGUACUUCAAGAAGGCCACUGUCACAGAGGAAGUCGAAACCGCGAUAAGCGCUGCGCUGUAGCCCGAUCGGCGCAAACGCACGUCAGCGCUUGUCGAGAAUCGACUAGCAUACGUCGAAGAGAAGGAAAAAAUUGGAAAGGAUGCACGAGAGAUGAGUUAAUUACUAGUGAUAUCGUUCAAAGGAGAGCGUCGUCAAUUGAAGUAUGGAAUUCGUUGAAAGGGUUUUACGAGUUGCCAUCUGUAGUUUGUUAAUUUACGGUUGUUUCGAAGGAAACGUUGUUCAAAUCGGAGCCCAGAAAGCGGCUCUCAGCGAAAGUACAAACAACGGAGGCGGGGAAGAAAUAAGUAUUGUGCUUUUAAACGAUGAAUUUCGCAAAAUAUCGAAGAGCGAACACAGGAGGAUAACAAAGAGAGACGUCGAAAGUAAGGAACCUGUAGAUGACGAAGAUACAAACAUUCUUGCAAAUGUUUCAAUCGUCUCGCCAAGCAAGGUUAAGAUUGAUAUAUCACCAACGAGAAAAUAUGAAGGAAAUUCGAGCGAUACCGUCGCUAUUAAUCCGCAAUACAGGACUCCAGGCAUAAUGAGUGCCAGCAUCGAUGCUAUAGUUACAACAAGGUUCGUAAAAAGCUCAAUUCAUACAACCUCCAUUGUUUCAUCUAAAAUUCGCGCUACUGAAACUUUCAGUGAAUUACUCAGCCGCUCAGCGAUUAUAAAUCCUAAAAAACUGCCAACAACCCGACCCAUAACAGAAGAAGGGACUCCUAAAGGAGGCAGCGAUGUAGAGACGCAAAAAGAUCCGAAAGAAAGCGAAAGGAGGAAGACCCUCUUUGGAUUUGUGACGAUCGAAAUUCUCGUGGCACUGCUGGCAGGCGCAGCUUGCGCUGUAAUUCUGCUCAUAUUUUUGGUAUAUCGGCUGAAAAAGCGAAACGAAGGAAGCUAUGAACUUCAGGAAUCGAUGAGCUUAAAAACAGCCGCAUACGCAGAAGAAAAAGAGGUUUUUGUAUAAAUUGGUUGAUGUGUUUACCUUUUGUUUCGACGUAAAGAUCGAUGUAGAUUUGUGACUUUAUUACAACCCCUUAAUUUAAUGGCUGUAAUAUAACUCGAGAGAGACAAUUUCAUUUCGAAUGGCCAGUCGUUGAAUUCGAUAGAAAAAUAUUCGGCUUAAAAAGUGAACUCAUCUUGAAGUAUUCUUUGAGAUUUUGCUGACAGCGUGUGAGCUGAAAGCUAUUUCACUCAGCAGGUGUUUUGCAAGUUUUCGACUCGCCUGUGAAAAAGGGAAAGAAAUUGCAUAGACUAAUCGACUCGAUCUUUCGUUAAGAAGCGAUAACGCUGAUUUCCAAGCCUGUUAAAUGGAUAUGUUCUAAAAUGUAUGAAUAGUUCUCCGAUAGAAUUGUAUUUAUUAUGCGUCGAAGAAAACUGUAGACAAAAGAAAUAGAAGUUUUAAUAUGGAAUAUGCAAAUAUUUGAAUUGGAGAGUGGCGAUGGCGUAAAAGUCAUUUUUAAAACCUAUUUACAUGGUGUGUACUAUAACGAUAUUUUAUCGGAUAAGAUGAAAAAUUUUUUCUCUGGAAUAUAUGUGACUUUCUAUGACGUUUAAGAAACUGAAAAAAGCAUUUUCAAAAUUUCAUUUUCGAUGGCUAUUGUCUUUAUCAUAAUUGUUACUGUUUUCAGAAUUUCAAUUCUGUUUUCAUUAAUAAUUCCCUGCUGUUGAAUACAGCUCAAACUGGAAACGAUCGGUUUAAGCUGGAAGAAAUUAGACUAGUAAAUUAACCAUGUCUUUUCCUACUAUAAUUUCGACCAAGUCUUGAUAACAUUAAGCCUUGCUGAAAAAAUUUCGAAAUUUGUUAAACAAGAGACAAAUCAGGUGUGGGAUUAUAUUAGUAUUUUUUUUAGCAGUGUUUUUAAUUUUCCAAAAAACGACACUCCCUAUCGACACAUAAGCUAUAAUUAUAAUCACCAAUACAACUAGAAAGAUGGAUUGCGGAGUUCAACGAAGAACGUAACCUUUUCAAGCGAUAAGACAAGAAGAAAUGAUAUUGUGCGACUUUUGGCCUCUCAAUGUAAUUAAAAACAAAAAAUUUAAGUUGCUUUGGCAUUUCCGGACUCUUUAUAUUGCUAGCUUAGUUUACUUAAGCUCUGUUGUUAUUUAGCUUUGUGCUGUUUUAGUUUGAAUGAAAAUGUUAUCUUGAAAGAAAGACAUUUCAUGUAAUAGAAGUGCAAAAAUGAAUGGAAUUUUUAAAUGUU